CACACAUUUGUUGUAGGCAAACAAAAAUUAUUGCUAAAAGCGAUUAAAUCCACAAUGUUCUCGUUUGCCUUCUGGAGAAACGAGGCGAAGAGGAACCAGCACGAGAAUGUCUCGCAGUUCUGGAAGGAUUUGAAUGCAACAUUUGUGACCCUGCUCGGCUGGAGCUGGGUAAUCUACACCAUCGCUGUGAUCAUCAUUACGAUCUGCGCCUAUUUUGCCUACUGCGACAGCUGCCAAAGAACGGAGACAGUUCGACGCAGACGCUUCAAUCAGCGGACCCAGGAUCGACCACCGCAGAAGCGACGACCGAAUGCUGCUUAUCGGGAUCAUCAGAUAUAUCGUCACAUCAUUCUCAGCCUGGGCAAGUACAUGAGGAAUCCGGAGGGGGUGCGUCCCUUCAUCGAUCACCUGGAUCAUUUGUAUCCGUUGCGUCGCUCCCAGGCGAAUAUGGCGCUAAACAUUGCAGUGGAGGCAAAUGCCGUCGUAUCUUGAGUUCUGGCCAGCGCCGAUGCCUUUGUUUAUUAUCAAAAUUACAAAAAUAAAAAUAGAACAAACACAUGCAAUACAAAAUUAAAG